AUGGCUGCCGUGGAUCCAAGGCUUCUGCCGCAACGAGUGCGGUAUGCAGCCCUACUCACCGUCAACGUCUAUGUCUUUAUGGGCAACAUGUAUGCAUCUGGUAUCACAACCGGAUUCGAGUCCCUUGGGAUGUACUUCCACGCCAACAACGACAAACUAUCAGCCCUUGUAUCUUACCCAGUGCUAGCCAUGGGUCUUGCCAAUCUUCUCUGGAUGCCACUGGCCCUCUGCUUUGGAAAACGGCCCGUUGUACUGUUCACCAUGGUCAUGUUUCUGUGUGGUCUGAUCUGGAGCUGUGUUGCGCAGACCUAUGACAGUCUGCUCGCGGCUCGAGUCUUUGCCAGCUUUGGCUACGGCGGUAUUGAGUCUCUAGGACCUAGCAUCCUCGCAGACCUCUUCUUCGAGCGCAACUACGCCAGCGCCAUGGCAGCAUAUGCAGCCUUUCUAUCUGGCGGUUCCCAGAUCGGCCCCGUCAUUGCGGGUUAUCUUAUCGAGGCGCGUGGAUGGCGCUGGUUUUGCAUUCUCUGCGCUAUACUUGCCGCGGUCAACCUCGUCACCACUUUCUUCAUGCUUCCCGAAACGAUCUACGAGCGCGAGGACGAAGAAUUCCAAGAAACCAACGAAGGAUCAGAGAAACACGCAGAGAGCCAACUCGAGCAUAUUCAGAGUCAGUCUCAGGUCGGCGACCGGGCAAAAAUGGAUUACGGCGUCUACUUCAGGGGACUCUUCACGAUGGGAAUCACCGCGGAAGCAAAGGAAAAUGGUGUCUUCAAACACUUUCUCUACCUCCUCGUCCUCCCGGCUCCUCUACUACUUGUCCCCGGUGUCCUGAUCGCCUCAAUCAUGUACGGCGUCAUUCUCGGCGGCAUCGUCACCAUGUCAACUAUCCUCCCCGCCUUACUCUCCCCACCCCCCUAUCUCUUCACCGCCGCUCACCUCGGCCUCUUCAUGCUCAGCAGCUUCGUCGGAGUUGUCGUUGCCUGGCCCAUCGCCGGCCCCUUAACCGACCUUCUCUCCCGCUGGAUGCGUAAACGCAAUAACAACAUCCACAAGCCCGAGCACCGUCUCCCCGCACUCAUCUUCCCCUUCCUCGUUUGUCCCAUCGGUCUCGUCAUAUUCGGAUACACCUUUGCCCGCCAGGACAAUUACGUGAAACCUGCCGUCGGUCAGGCUAUUUCCGCCGCAGGGCUGACUUUGGUCCCCUCGGUGAUGCUAUCUUAUGUGGUCGACGCCUAUCCGCGUGUCAGUGGGGAGGCUCUUGUCUUGGUCAACGCUUCGAAAAAUGUAGUUGCUUUUGGAUUGACAAAGGGCGCGUAUGCGUGGUUGGCUCGGGAAGGGAUCGAUAAGAUGUUUUAUGAGUUUGCGGGCAUCCAGUGGGCGUGUAUUUUUUUGGCGUUGCCUUUGUAUUUCUUUGGGCCGAUGAUGCGUGCUCGUGUUGAGAAGCUGCUUUAA